GGGAUGUCAUUUAUCCAAUUCUUUCAAAAAACACGCACUCAAAUAUCUCCCCUCUCUCUCUCUCUCUCUCUCUCUCUCUCUCUCUCUCUUGGAAGCUCCUUCUAUGUAGGACGUGCUCUUUCUUCUCUCACUUUUUGGCCAUCUGGGAAAACUCAACUUUGCUAUUUUAUUUCGUUACACAGGUUUUCUGGGUAGGGAAAUCUUAGAGGAGUUGGGGAUACAUACAAAUACAAAAAAAAGAGGGGGAAAAAAAAGAGAAAAGGUGUAAGAUUAGUAUUAAAGAAAAAAAAGGUACUACAAGGAUAUUUUGUUGCCUUUGUCUUUGAGGGGGGAAAAAUGGCUGCUCCCAUUUUGUCAUCUUGGCCUUGGGAGAAUUUUGGAAUCUACAAGUAUCUGGUGCUUGGACCUCUGUUUGCAAAGUGUAUACAUUCAAUAAUUGAUGAGAAAACCCAGAAAGAAAGCUGGUGUCUCCAUAUUUGUCUGCUAUAUCUGUUUAGGUGUUUCCUUUAUCAGCUAUGGACCUCUUACACUAACAUGCUUUUCCUAACAAGAAAUAGGAGGGUCAUUCAACAAGGAGUUGAUUUCAAACAAAUUGACAAAGAAUGGAACUGGGACAAUUUCUUAAUUCUUCAAGCUCUGUUUGCCUUUACUGGGUGCUACAUCUUCCCAUCUCUUCAAAAUCUUCCGCUCUGGAAUCUAAAGGGCCUCAUCGCUGUUGUGAUUCUACAUGUUGGAGUUUCAGAGCCUUUAUAUUAUUGGGUUCACAGAUUUUUCCACAGAAACGACCAUCUUUUCAUCAAUUACCAUUCUCUCCACCAUUCUUCUCCAGUCCCUCAGCCUUUUACAGCUGGGAAUGCGACAUUCUUGGAGCAUCUAUUUUUAAGUCUUAUCAUUGGGAUACCAAUUAUUGGCGCUUCUCUGCUGGGAUAUGGAUCAAUCGGGUUGAUAUAUGGUUACGUUUCAAUUUUUGAUUUCUUGAGAUGUUUGGGGCAUAGCAAUGUUGAAGUUGUUCCACAUAAGCUUUUCGAGGCAAUUCCAUUCCUCAGAUAUCUUCUUUACACUCCAACAUAUUACAGUUUACACCAUACCGAAUUGGAAACCAAUUUCUGCCUCUUCAUGCCUCUCUUUGACGCAGUGGGUAAAACAUUGAACUCUAGAUCGUGGGAGUUACACGAGAAGAUAAAUGCAAACGCAGGUAAAAAUAAUUGCAAGGUGCCGGAUUUCGUGUUCCUAGCUCAUGUUGUGGAUCUCACAUCUUCUAUGCAUGUUCUGUUUGUGUUCCGAUCUUUUGCAUCUUUGCCGUACACCACGAGGAUGUUCUUGUUGCCCAUCUUGCCCGGGGCUUUUCUCAUUAUGCUAGCGAUGUGGGUUUGGUCUAAGGCUUUUGUGGUUUCCUUUUAUAACCUCAGAAAGAGGUUGCACCAGACAUGGGUUGUGCCUAGAUUUGGCUUUCAGUAUUUCUUGCCAUUUGCAACUGCCGGCAUCAACAAGCAAAUAGAGGACGCCAUCCUUAGAGCUGAUAGGCUAGGGGUUAAGGUCAUAAGCCUUGCUGCAUUGAAUAAGAAUGAAUCUCUCAACGGUGGUGGGACCCUCUUUGUGAACAAGCACCCAAACCUCAAAGUUAGAGUUGUUCAUGGAAACACCUUAACUGCUGCGGUUAUUCUGAACGAGAUUCCUAAGGAUGUCACAGAAGUGUUUCUGACUGGAGCAACUUCUAAGCUCGGAAGAGNCAUUGCUCUUUACCUUUGCCAAAGAAAAGUGCGAGUCCUUAUGCUCACUAUAUCAACAGAGAGGUUUCAAAAGAUUCAGAAGGAAGCGCCUGCCGAUUGCCAAAGUUACCUUGUGCAAAUCACGAAAUACCAUGCAGCCCAAAACUGCAAGACAUGGAUUGUUGGCAAGUGGAUAACGCCAAGGGAGCAAGGGUGGGCUCCAUCAGGGACACAUUUUCAUCAAUUUGUGGUGCCACCAAUUUUAUCCUUCAGAAGAGAUUGCACUUAUGGUGACCUGGCAGCUAUGAGAUUACCGGAAGAUGUUGAAGGGCUUGGAUCUUGUGAGUAUACCAUGGAUAGAGGAGUUGUGCAUGCAUGCCAUGCGGGUGGAGUGGUUCAUCUGUUAGAAGGUUGGACUCAUCAUGAAGUCGGAGCCCUUGAUGUUGACAGAAUUGACCUUGUGUGGAAUGCUGCUCUAAAACAUGGUUUAAAGCCCGUUUCAUCACACAAAAUUGCUAAUUCUCUGUAGGUUUAUAUCUUGAAUUGGAAUAAAUUAAGAAGGAAUCAAGAAAAAAGAAGAAGAAAAUUAAUCAUUUAUGGCCCUGAAAUUUCUUUUUAAUUUGUUCCUUGUCCUCUUGCUUUUCAUAAACAUGGGUGACCAUAUAAUGUGUGGUGUGGACUUAUGUUUCAUCUAAAAUUGUUGCCCCACAUGUAGUAGAACAUUUUAUUUAAUUGAAAUAUCUGAAGCAAGAUAAGUUAUCAUUUAAUUUCUUUAAGAGUAA